AUGCCGACUGCUCACGGUAACACCACCUCCUCUGUCGAUGGUCAAGGCUCUGUCUACACGAAUGCUACAUUGCAAAUGCUAUCGGGGCGCGACCUCAUUGCCUCUGUCUCUUCAUCACACAUCUCGGCCCACCUCUCUUCGCAGCCCCGGACAAUCUACCUCGGUGUGGAUCCCACUGCUCCCUCGCUCCAUCUCGGCAAUCUCGUUCCCAUCAUUGCGCUGAUUUGGCUAGUCAAAGCAGGACAUAGGGGUAUUCUGCUCAUCGGAGGAGCGACGGGGAGUAUUGGAGACCCUUCUGGAAAGAGCACAGAGAGGCCAGAUAUGGAUCGAGGAGAACUCCACAAGAAUGUACAAGCUUUGAAGUCACAGCUAGAUUCUUUGAUCCGGAAUCUCAAUGCUCACUUUGGCGGAGCAGCGUCAGCCAGUAGUGACAAUGGAGGUGUGCAGAGGACACCCCUCGAGGAAGCAGCCGCCGCUGGGACUGGAGCAGCUGCCGAGCGGGCUGCAGACGAAGUCAUUGGCGGCCCUUCAGCUCAGGGGAACUCUACAGCGCCUGUUGCCGGCAGUCAAGCUCUUGAGGAAGGCGCAGAGCGUUCAGCCACUGGCGCCCUUGAUAUACAGAUCCUGAACAACCAAGACUUCUACGAGGGCAUUGGCAUCCUAGACUUUCUCCGCGAUAUAGGACGCUACGUACGGAUAGGGGAGGUGUUGGCAAGAGACAGCGUCAAGACCCGCUUGCCACCCCCUCACGGCACAUCGACGUCACCCCAUGCGGGGCUCUCCUACACCGAAUUCUCGUACCAGCUCCUACAGGCAUACGACUUUUACCUCCUGAACGCCAGGCCCGACAUCGGCUGCUCCAUGCAGAUUGGUGGCAGUGACCAAAUGGGAAACAUCAGUGCGGGCGUUGAGCUCAUACGUCGGAAGAGAUUCGGCAGCGCAAGUAAUGCUCUUCAAGAAGCAGAUCUAGACGACACUCAAGCAGAGUCUCCCGCCGCUGCAGCUUCAUCUUCUUCAAGUCGUCGGCUGCCACCAGCAUACGGAAUGACCCUCCCGCUUCUCACCACUUCCUCGGGUGCCAAGUUGGGCAAGUCGGCAGGCAAUGCCAUCUUCCUUUCGCGUGACCUCUGCUCCGACUAUGACUUUUACCAAUACCUUUUACGGACCACGGAUGAAGACGUCACAAAGCUGCUCCACUGUCUGACUUUCCUGUCUAGCGAGGAAAUUGCUGCAGCCGAAGGAGCCAGAGGUGCCAGGCAGGUUCUGUUGGCAGACGAGGUCACGAGGCUCUUCCGUGGGCCGGAGGCUCUGGCGAGUGCAAAGAGGAUGACCAAUCUGCUGCAUGUGGCCUUUGCUGCUUGCGAGGGACGAGGAGGGCUUCAGGAGACGCUCGACUCACAUGACGGGAUGCGCAAUGAGCUGCACCUGAUGGCGAGGGCGAGCGAGAGUAUGACCAAGGCAGACGCCAAAGUGCUUAGGCUCUCUAAGGGUAAUGUGCUCGGUCAAAGCCUCGUGGAUGUCCUCGUGCUCACCGGGCUAGCAGACAGCAAAGUUCAAGCACGGAGACUACUGCAAGGCGGGGCCUACCUGAACAAUGUCCCGCUGACAAGCGACUCUGCCGCUGCUGGCGUCUUUACAGAGAAAGACGUGGCGACGUUUCGAGAUCGACCAGAGGAAGGCAUCGUCCUUCUGCGCAAAGGCAAGAGGACGGCAAAAGUCCUCUUGCUGGUAUGA